AUGUCUGCUGCUUCCCAAUACUAUCCAAACGAACCAACUGCGCCAGUCGUCAAGACAUCUGCUAUACCAGGACCGGAAUCCGUGAAGGAGCUAGAGGCCCUAGGAAAGGUGUUCGAUGCCAGACCAGCUUACUUCAUGGCCGACUACGAAAAAUCGGUUGGUAACUACAUUGUGGACGCCGACGGAAACACGUAUCUCGACCUGUACGCCCAGAUCGCAUCUAUCGCGCUCGGUUACAACAACCCCAAGCUAGUCGAAGCUGCGAAAUCGCCGGAAAUGAUCCGUGCUCUUGUGGACCGCCCAGCUCUGGGAAACUUCCCUUCUCGUGACCUUGAGCCUAUCCUGAAGAAGAUCCUAAAGUUUGCCCCUAAGGGCCAGGACAAGGUGUGGUCAGGUCUGUCGGGUGCAGACGCCAACGAACUAGCUUUCAAGGCUGCUUUCAUGUACUACCGUGCCAAGGAAAGAGGCUAUGACAAGGAGUUCUCCACAGAGGAAAACCAGUCUGUCAUGAAGAACGCACAGCCUGGCUCCCCACACUUGGCCGUCCUGUCCUUCAAAAAGGCUUUCCAUGGCAGAUUAUUUGCUUCUGGUUCCGUCACGUGCUCGAAGCCUAUUCACAAGCUUGAUUUCCCAGCUUUCGAAUGGCCUCAUGCAGAAUACCCUCAUUACGAAUACCCAUUGGACAAGAACGAAGCUUCCAACCGUGCCGAAGACGACCGUUGUUUGAAGAUCGUCGAAGAUCUAAUCAAGUCCUGGUCUAUCCCAGUCGCGGCUUUGAUCAUCGAGCCCAUCCAGUCAGAAGGUGGUGACAAUCACGCCUCCAAGUAUUUCUUGCAGUCUUUGAGAGAUCUCACUUCGAAGCUCGGGGUUGUGUACAUCAUCGACGAAGUUCAAACCGGUGUUGGUGCGACUGGUAAGGCCUGGUGCCACGAAUGGGCCGACAUCCAGCCUCCGGUUGAUCUUGUCACCUUCUCUAAAAAAUUCCAAAGUGCGGGCUACUUUUUCCACGACCCAUUGUUCGUGCCAAACAAGCCAUACAGACAGUUCAACACCUGGUGUGGAGAGCCGGCUCGUAUGAUCAUUGCAGGUGCCAUCGCUCAGGAAGUCCAGGACAAGAAGCUUUUGGAGCAGUGCUCUCGUGUUGGAGACUAUCUUUUCAAGAAAUUGGACGCAUUGCGUGUUCAAUACCCACAAAAGCUAUACAGACUAAGAGGAGAGUCCAGGGGUACUUUUAUUGCCUGGGACUUACCUACUGGUGCUGAAAGAGACGCUCUACUCAAGAGCUUGAAGCUCAAAGGUUGCAACGUCGGUGGCUGCGCCGAGCUAUCGGUCAGAUUGAGACCCACCUUGACCUUCGAAGAAAAGCAUGCUGAUAUUUUCAUCGAUGCCUUGACCAAAUCAUUGGCCGAGCUUUGA